GAGAUGAGGCAGAGAUGGUCCACCAGGUGGAAAACGAAACGGUGGUUCUGGGACUCCGCGUUGCCCGCUGCGCUCCUCAUCACGGGGACGCUCCUGCUCGAGGUUGCAGAGGUCCGAGGAGCUGAACCAGUUGAUGUGCUCAAAGCAUUAGAGUUUCAUAAUUCACCAGAAGGAAUAUCAAAAACAUCAGGAUUUUGCAUAAACAGAAGGAAUUCCAAAGGAUCAGAUGUCGCCUACAGAGUUUCAAAAAAUGCGCAGCUAAGUGCCCCAACCAAACAGUUAUACCCAGGUGGAAACUUUCCUGAAGAUUUUUCAAUACUAUUUACAGUAAAACCUAAAAAAGGAAUCCAGUCUUUUCUUUUAUCUGUCUACAAUGAACAAGGCAUUCAACAAAUUGGUAUUGAGGUCGGGAGAUCACCUGUCUUCCUGUUCGAGGAUCAAAAUGGAAAACCUGCUCCAGAAGAUUAUCCCCUCUUCAGAACAGUCAAUAUUGCUGAUGGAAAGUGGCAUCGGGUAGCCAUUAGUGUGGAGAAGAAAUCUGUUACCAUGAUUGUGGACUGUAAGAAGAAAACCACCAAACCACUUGACAGGAGUGACAAAGCAAUUGUUGACACGAAUGGCAUCACUGUCUUUGGAACCAGGAUUCUUGAUGAGGAAGUCUUUGAGGGUGAUAUCCAGCAGCUGUUGAUUGUCGGGGAUCCCAGAGCAGCGUACGACUAUUGUGAGCAUUAUAGCCCAGACUGUGAUUCCCCUGUGCCCAAUGCUCCUCAGGCUCAAGAACCUCAAGUUGAUGAGUAUGCAACUGAAGAUUUAAUCGAAUAUGACUAUGACUAUGGGGAUCCAGAUUAUAAAGAUUAUAAAGACCUUGACACUGUAACCGAGGGACCCCCACUAUAUGACGAGACAGUAGCACAGACAGAGGCCAACAUUGUUGAUGAAUAUCAUGAAUAUAAUGUGGCUGAAACUGACUAUGGAACCUCUGAGAACUACCAGACUGCGACUCCUAGUCGAACGACUGGACCAAAUGAGCAAAAUCCUGUUGAAGAAGUGUUUGCUGAAGAAUACGUAACGGGAGAGGAGUAUAAUUCAGAGACUAAAAAAACUGAGGAAACAGAUUAUGGAAGCAGAGGAGUAGACCGCAGUGAAUCUGAAGUUCUGGUAGAUGGAGAUUUAGGCGAAUAUGAUUUUUAUGAAUAUAAAGAAUAUGAAGAGAAGCCAACCAAUCCCACUCAUGAGGAGUUUGGGCCUGGUGUUCCAGCAGAGACUGAUAUCACAGAAACAAGCGUGAAUGGUCAUGGUGCUUAUGGGGAAAAAGGACAGAAAGGUGAACCAGCUGUGAUUGAACCUGGGAUGCUUAUUGAAGGACCCCCAGGACCUCCAGGACCACCUGGACUUAUGGGUCCCUCAGGCACACAAGGUCCCACUGGUCCUCCUGGUGACCCUGGUGAUAGGGGUCCACCAGGACGUGCUGGUCUUCCAGGUGCUGAUGGCUUAGCUGGACCCCCAGGUACUAUGUUAAUGUUGCCGUUCCGCUUUGGUGGCGGAGGUGGUGAGAAGGGCCCAGCAAUCUCAGCUCAGGAGGCUCAAGCACAAGCUAUUCUUCAGCAAGCCAGGAUUGCCAUGCGGGGGCCGCCUGGGCCUAUGGGACUCACUGGAAGACCAGGUCCUGUGGGUGGUCCUGGUUCUGCAGGUGCCAAAGGUGACGGUGGAGACCCAGGCCCUCAGGGCCCUCGAGGUAUACAAGGUCCAGCUGGUCUGCCUGGAAAAUCUGGCAAAAGAGGUCGUCCAGGUGCAGAUGGCGCUAGAGGGAUGCCAGGGGAACCUGGUUCAAAGGGUGACAGAGGUUUUGAUGGCCUUCCUGGUCUGCCUGGUGAUAAAGGUCACAGGGGUGACCGUGGACCUCAAGGACCUCCUGGUGCUCCUGGUGAAGAUGGAAUGAGGGGAGAAGAUGGGGAGGUUGGACCAAGAGGCCUUCCAGGUGAAGCUGGUCAGCGAGGGCUACUGGGCCCGAGAGGAACUCCUGGCCCCCCAGGACAGCCUGGAAUUUCAGGUGUUGAUGGUCCACAAGGUCCAAAGGGAAAUUUGGGACCUCAAGGGGAACCAGGACCUCCUGGUCAACAAGGAAUCCCUGGCCCACAAGGGCUUCCAGGUCCACAAGGCCCAAUCGGAGUUCCUGGUGAAAAAGGACCACAGGGCAAGCCUGGCCUUGCUGGACUUCCUGGUGCUGAUGGCCCUCCUGGUCAUCCAGGCAAAGAAGGACAAUCUGGAGACAAAGGAGCCUUGGGGCCUCCAGGUCCUCAGGGUCCAAUUGGCUAUCCUGGCCCCCGUGGUGUAAAGGGAGCUGAUGGUGUUCGUGGUCUAAAAGGUGGCAAAGGAGAAAAGGGUGAAGAUGGUUUCCCAGGCUUUAAAGGUGACAUGGGCCUUAAAGGUGAUAGAGGUGAAGUUGGUCCUCUUGGUCCUCGAGGAGAAGAUGGGCCUGAGGGUCCCAAAGGUCGUGCCGGUCCAAAUGGUGACCCAGGUGGCUCCGGUCAAGCUGGAGAAAAGGGUAAACUUGGUGUUCCUGGAUUGCCAGGAUAUCCAGGAAGACAAGGCCCAAAGGGCUCCACUGGUUUCCCUGGAUUCCCAGGUGCUAAUGGAGAAAAAGGUGCAAGGGGCUUGCAUGGAAAACCAGGCCCAAGGGGACAACGAGGACCAACAGGACCACGUGGGUCAAGAGGCCCAAGGGGCCCAACUGGAAAACCUGGCCCAAAGGGAACUGCAGGCAACGAUGGACCGCCUGGCCCACCAGGUGAAAGGGGACCACAAGGGCCUCAGGGACCUGUUGGAUUUCCUGGGCCAAAGGGGCCUCCUGGCCCACCUGGCAAGGAUGGCUUGCCUGGACAUCCAGGACAGCGGGGCGAAACUGGCUUCCAAGGCAAAACUGGCCCACCAGGACCCGGUGGUGUUGUUGGACCUCAGGGCCCUACUGGUGAGACUGGUCCAAUUGGCGAACGAGGUCAUCCUGGCCCUCCAGGCCCACCAGGUGAACAAGGCCUUCCAGGUGCUGCUGGGAAAGAAGGUGCUAAGGGUGACCCAGGUCCUCAAGGCAUUUCUGGAAAAGAUGGACCAUCAGGACUUCGUGGUUUCCCAGGAGAAAGAGGUCUGCCAGGGGCUCAGGGUCCAAGUGGCCUGAAGGGAGGAGAGGGUCCUCAAGGUCCACCUGGCCCAGUUGGCUCACCGGGUGAACGUGGACCAGCUGGUACUGCUGGCCCGAUUGGUUUACCAGGGCGUCCAGGACCACAGGGUCCUCCUGGGCCAGCAGGGGAAAAGGGAGCUCCGGGUGAAAAGGGCCCUCAAGGUCCAGCUGGACGUGAUGGAGUACAGGGGCCUGUAGGACUUCCUGGUCCUGCUGGACCCGCUGGUUCCCCUGGAGAAGACGGUGACAAGGGUGAAAUUGGAGAACCAGGUCAGAAAGGGAGUAAAGGUGACAAGGGAGAAAAUGGUCCUCCUGGACCACCAGGUCUUCAAGGUCCCGUUGGCGCUCCUGGUAUAGCUGGAGGUGAUGGAGAGUCUGGACCAAGGGGACAGCAAGGGAUGUUUGGGCAGAAAGGCGAUGAAGGUCCACGAGGCUUCCCUGGUCCUCCAGGACCCAUUGGUCUUCAGGGUCUACCUGGCCCACCAGGUGAAAAAGGUGAAAACGGUGAUGUUGGUCCAAUGGGUCCACCAGGUCCCCCUGGCCCAAGAGGCCCUCAAGGUCCAAAUGGAGCUGAUGGUCCUCAAGGCCCACCAGGUUCAGUUGGUUCAGUUGGAGGUGUUGGCGAGAAGGGUGAACCUGGAGAAGCUGGUAACCCUGGGCCUCCUGGAGAAUCUGGCACAGGUGGUCCAAAAGGGGAAAGAGGUGAAAAAGGAGAGGCUGGACCACCAGGGGCAGCUGGACCACCUGGUAUUAAAGGACCUCCAGGUGAUGAUGGACCUAAGGGUAAUCCAGGGCCUGUUGGCUUCCCCGGUGACCCUGGCCCCCCUGGUGAGCCUGGCCCUGCUGGCACUGAUGGUACAGGAGGAGAGAAAGGUGAAGAUGGUGACCCUGGCCAACCUGGUCCACCAGGUCCCUCGGGUGAAGCAGGCCCCCCUGGACCGCCUGGAAAGAGAGGACCUCCAGGAGCAGCUGGUGCAGAAGGAAGGCAAGGUGAAAAAGGUGCAAAGGGUGAACCUGGUUCAGAAGGUGCUCCAGGAAAAACAGGCCCAGUUGGACCUCAGGGUCCAGCAGGAAAACCUGGCCCAGAGGGACUUCGGGGUAUUCCUGGCCCUGUGGGAGAACAAGGUUUACCUGGAGCACCAGGACAAGAUGGCCCACCAGGUCCCAUGGGUCCACCUGGCUUGCCUGGACUGAAGGGUGAUCCAGGUUCCAAGGGUGAAAAGGGACAUCCUGGUUUGAUUGGCCUGAUUGGACCUCCAGGAGAACAGGGAGAAAAGGGUGAUAGGGGCUUGCCUGGCCCUCAGGGAUCUACUGGAUCAAAAGGAGAUGCAGGAAUUCCUGGUCCUGCUGGUCCACUUGGUCCUCCUGGCCCCCCAGGUUUACCUGGCCCUCAAGGUCCAAAAGGUUCUAAAGGUUCAACAGGUCCUGGUGGUCAGAAAGGAGAUGGUGGUUUACCAGGACCUCCUGGACCUCCUGGCCCUCCAGGUGAGGUGAUUCAACCUUUGCCGAUCCAGUCACCCAAAAAGACCAGAAGAUCUUCAGAUGCCAUGUUAGGUGAUGCACCUGAUACUAUCAUUGACUACACUGAUGGCAUGGAAGAGAUCUUUGGCUCACUUAACUCUCUGAAGCAGGACAUUGAACAUAUGAAAUACCCAAUGGGAACUCAGAACAACCCAGCCCGAACAUGCAAGGAUCUACAACUCUGUCACCCAGACUUCCCAGAUGGGGAGUAUUGGAUUGAUCCUAACCAGGGCUGUUCUGGGGACUCUUUCAAAGUCUACUGUAAUUUCACAGCAGGCGGGGAAACUUGCAUCUAUCCAGAUAAGAAGUCAGAAGGAGUAAGGAUUUCAUCAUGGCCAAAGGAAAAUCCAGGAACCUGGUUUAGUGAAUUUAAGAGAGGCAAGCUGCUUUCCUACGUGGAUGCUGAAGGCAAUGCCAUUAAUAUGGUCCAAAUGACAUUCCUUAAACUACUGAGUGCCUCCGCCCAGCAGAACUUCACUUACAACUGUCAUCAGUCAGUGGCAUGGCAUGAUGCGUCUUCUGACAGCUAUGACAAAGCACUGAGGUUCUUAGGCGCCAAUGAUGAAGAGAUGUCUUAUGACAACAAUCCUUACAUCAAAGCUCUUCACGAUGGCUGUGCAUCAAGAAAAGGCUAUGGAAAGACCGUUAUUGAAAUCAGUACUCCAAAGAUCAACCAAGUGCCUAUUGUUGAUGUGAUGAUCAAUGACUUUGGUGACCAGAAUCAGAAGUUUGGAUUUGAAAUUGGUCCAGUCUGUUUCCUUGGUUAAGCUUCGAGCAAAGAGAAGGCUGUCUCCAAGAAAAGAUGCACCUUGGUGCCACCACCAACCCACUUGAUGCCACAUGCAAGUUUUGAAUAAGGAUGACGUAGAAAAUCUGUCUUACCAUGCACGUAUGUCUUCUUUAGAAAACACCCACUGCCCUAAUAGGACAAGAAUCACAUGACUUAAACUUAUUUGGCAAAUUAUGAAGGAUGCUGUGGCAGCGACAGGCAACGUAGGGUUAACUUUUUGAAUAUCCUCCACCAUCCCACCCCAAUCCACCUACCCCUUUCAUUUUUUUGGUGCUGUAAAAUUGAAUGUCAUGGUGCUCCUUCUAUUAAACAUGAAAGGUGCUAAGAAGAUGUGUUUAAUAAACUGUAAUUAUUCUCUGUACAGUACAAUGCUGUCCUUUCUUUGUCCAUUUCCAAAACUUGCAUGUGUCCCUGAUUUUCAACUGGCUGUUAUGUUAAAAUAAUUUCAAAAUUAUGUUGUCAAUACUGUGUAUGUAUUAUGAAAAAUAAAGUUGUAAUUUCCAGUGAAUUCAAUUCCAUAUUUUUUCUGAUUAAUAAUAUUAUUAAUAAUAAUAAUUAAUAAUAAAAAAUCCCUUUGUAUAUAUUGAUGUUCAAGAGCUCUGUUAUUUGAAGUCACCAAUAAAACCUCUGGUGGCAAAACUGGAAACAUGUUAGUAGCACACUUCUCUGCUGUUACUACUUUUGUGACAAGGAAUUCCAAUAAGGAAAGUGCCAGUUGAGGUGCUCUUCCAUGGUGCUGUACCUCAGACCUUUUAAUAUUCCUUUUCUCAUGCCAGGAUAUUUCAAGAAAUGUGUAUAUAUACCUGAAAGAAGCAAGUUUUAUAUUUGGGGAUGUAUGGUUAAAAUAAAUGCGUAAGAGAUGUGAUGGGGGGCCCUUCUGAUAUUACCUUUAGGGCGUGAGAAUUGCAACAACAUAAGCUCUCUCACACCACUUUGGUCAUAUUGGAAGGUCUGUGCCAUGUAGAAGAGGCCUGUGCUGUUGCUCCUUCCCUGAAGCUGGAACAAUGCUGAUAUAGGAAGGAAUCACAAUGUGCUCCAACAUGGUCUGAAUCUUCCAUUGGAAGUAGAAAUACCAUAGAGUACCACAGAACAGCAUACACUCCAAUGGUUCCCAUGCCCCCUAGGUGAUGUCCAAAGGCCUUUAAUGAUCAGUCACACAGUCAUCCCUUUUUGUAUCUGAUCUGAAUGUUAUCAUCAUGGUGCUUCACUGACCCGCAAAUAUAUUAAAACUGGAUUCUAAACUCUUAUUUAUGGACUGUGUCAGAUCAAGUUUCCUAAUGGAUUUAUGCCAGAUGUACUUAAAAUGUGUGAAUAUUUCCUUUCCUAAAUUGGACUCCAACUAUUCUAGAAGUACCAGGUUCCAUAUGAUUUUUCUUCUUCUUCCUGUGACUCCAGGUUGAAGCCAAAUAGACUUGGUUUAGACCAGGUGUCUCUAGCUCUGAUCAAGAGAUGUUUGAGCAAAACAGAAUGCUAUUUCACCUGCUGCUGCCCUUGAAGGAAAGAUGAUCAGUGCUGUCAGCUUUGAAGCAGCUUUAGGUUGCCAGCUUUUGAGGCAGCCCUUACAACUGUGCCUUUAACAUCAGCUUAAUAGACAGACAUUAGCAUGCCCUGAAAAGCUUUGCCUGAAAAUUUCUGCAAACCAAGCUCCUGUUAAAAGCACUAGAUCAGGUCAAGCAGUUCUUAUCUGGCAACUCAAAGAAGUUGUCAGAUAACCAGUAUUAAAUCUUGUCAGAAAUGACUGCACUGCUCAUCUAGUCGGUGUGUGUGCAGUGCAGGAGAACCCCCUGGGUACACCCUAAGUUUUGGAUCUGUAUUCCGAGAAUCUAUUUGCUCCACCAGUACAAGAAUUACAAGAGUGGAAACCUGUUUCUGCUCAUGGAUUGCCUUUGCUGGCUUGAAUAUGUCUAGGUCAUGUGAUUCUGCCUAGUUGCCAAGCAACCCAUAAGGAAACUGCUACCCAUGGAGUUUAUUUCUGGGCUCAUACAGUUACAAUUUGCAAUCCAAUUUUUUUUCUAAGUGGUUUGUUUGGCGUUGUCUCAAGACAUUUUUUCCCCCUAGGUAGUCAGACAUAGAUAUUAACUUAACACCACAAACCCUUCUGGGGAGCAUCCACAAUAAUGCUUGCAGAAGGAGUUGUGGCAACAGUUCUUGUGUAACUGUUGGAGGAAGAGCCACUAGCAUUAGAAGAGCUUCCGAAAGACAUACUGCCAUCUAUUGCACCAUCUUAACGCUAGCACAAGAACAAUGCUGGAGCAAAGGAGACCUCCUCCACCUAAUGACCUUGUGCAAGGUCCUCUUUGCGCAACAGCAUUACUGCUAGUGGUAGACAUCUCUGGAUGUUACCCAAUGUACUUAUUUUUCAUAAUAUAUGUAAGACUUGAAAAAUAAAUGUUUGUUACCAUUUCGUCUAUAAAUUUGUUUAAAUUAAGUGAUAUCAGAUUCCACUAGCUCAUUUCCAGCUGUUUCUUUUAAGCAUGCAAACAAUUUCUAUGUAAAACAGAUUUUAAGGUCAAAAGAUGCUGUUCAGAAUUCCGUUUUUAAAACCAAAGUUUGUAACUGUCACCUCAAAGAGGAAAAAUAUACUUUUUAUUAAUAAAAUCAAGCCUUGUCUACCUGGA